AGUGCCACACUUUUUUACAGCAAGCGCGGGGCAGGAGUCGGGCUGGCUCAGGCUCGCGGGACGUUCUAAUGGGCUUGGUUUUCCGGAAAGCCACGCAGUCCGCUGCACUUCUGCUAGCCCUGCUGGGAUGGGUUUUAGCCUGCCUCACCAACUACUUGCCCCACUGGAAGAACCUCAACCUGGACCUGAACGAGAUGGAAAACUGGACCAUGGGGCUCUGGAAAGCCUGCGUCAUCCAGGAGGAAGUGGGAAGGCAAUGCAAGGACUUUGACUCCUUCCUGGCCUUGCCAGCUGAACUCCAGAUCUCCAGGAUCCUGAUGUCUCUGUCGAAUGGGCUGGGGCUGCUGGGGCUGCUGGGCUCUGGCUGUGGCCUGGACUGCUGGCGGCUCGGAGAGAGCCAGAAGGGUCUGAAGAGGCGGCUGCUCAUCUUGGGAGGGCUCCUGCUCUGGACUUCGGGCGUGAUGGUCCUGGUUCCUGUCUCCUGGGUGGCCCACGUGACGGUUCAGGAGUUCUGGGAUGAGACCCUGCCUGAGAUUGUGCCCAGGUGGGAGUUUGGGGAGGCCCUUUUCCUUGGCUGGUUUGCGGGCUUCUGCCUGGUGCUGGGAGGAUGCCUGCUCCACUGUGCAGCCUGCUGGAGCCCGGCUGCCCCCGCCUCGGGCCACUAUGCAGUGGCAGGAUUGCAAGACCACUGUCAGCAGCUGGAGCUGAAACACGCCAGCCCAGAAACCUAAGCCAGAGGGAUCAGUGGCCUUUCUACUCUUCAGCAGGUGCUCGCUCCACCGGACUUGUUGCGUCUUUUCUAUUUGGAGCCAGACGAAUCAGGACCUUUUGAUGUAAUCGGCCAUUAGUGAGCUUGCGAACUCUGUCAGCCUUUAAAAUAGGCUGUGAUUGCACACACACAGGGAGUGGGUAAACCAAACAUUAUACGAGCGCUUUUGUGGCUCUGAAAGGAUCGUUCACGUGGAGAGGAGUCAUGUGGGAAACAGACGUGGUGUUGACCAUGUAUCUAAAGUAUCUCAUGAAACUAAGAUCUCAGUGGAUACUUAUUUAAAACACAUGACAACCGAGGACAGUAAAAGCAACAACAACAACAAGAACAAAACACUUGCUUGGUCCUGAAAGGACUCAAUGGGACACCCCCUUUUCAGAGACCUCUCUCUAGAGAGUUCUUUCCACAUCAGAAACAUCCAUGCCUGCCUCUGAACAGAGCGGUUCUUGUGGGUUCUGGGAACUCAGGUAGAAUCUGUCAUGCAAAAGUGCAUCUCCUUCUGUCCCUGUGUGGUGGGGUUGGCUCUGUGGCAGAGGUCGUGACUGGCGUGUGUGGGUGGGCACAGUGCCUCCUUUGGAAGAACGCUGCCAGCUGGGGUAGGGUAGCCGGGGGCCACAGACUUAUCAGUCCUUGUUUCCCUGGAGAAACGAAAAUAUCCCAUCUCGUUUAUCCUUGAGAUCUACAGUCUAAUCAAGAACUGUUCAUGACAAAUUUUUGGCCUGAGGAAUGCUUCAUGGAACAUUUUAUAUUUGCUUGGUACAUGGUUCAAGUAGAUUCUUGUAUUUGUGCCAAUCAGGGAAAUCAGCUGAACAGUAAGCAACACUAAAAUACAGUAUUAGGAAAUAUGUAUCCUUGUUUUUUUUUUUAAAAAUUACUGGGUGUGUUUUCAUAAACAAAUGGAAAGUGCAGCAGGGGAAGACAGUCCAUGUGCGGUAUUUGAACACUUUCACACACAGUGCAGAUGAGAACAGAAACAUAUGCAGGGUUCAACCUGAUUAAACAUUUCGUUCAGUCCUGAGCUUCUCACACUUAAUAUAACAUAAAUUCAUAGCAAUUUUUAAAAAAGUAUUUAAUUUGUAUGCUACAGAGACUCAGCUAAACUUUGUUCAUUUGGCAAGUAAUACUCUUUUUGUAUCUGUAACACUUAAAAGUCUGAUAUAUAGAAUUGUAAUAAUAUACUGAUAAUCCAAACUUGAGAGCUAAAUAUUAAAUUCUUUUUGUCCUGUCCAGAAUAAAUUCUACCUUUAAAAAUAU